AUGAUCUGGAUCUAUGCUUUAUUGCCGCUGCUUUUGGCAGUUUGCGAUGCGAAUUCUUUGUCUGGGCGAAUGUGUAUGACAGUCGAGCUUUACCGUACAGCAGAAAAUUCCAGCCAAUUUUACGAAUGUGCACCCUUAGCUCGUGAAGAGGUCGUCGAGUAUAACCUCACAGACAAAUAUCUGGGAGUAUGGAACCUCAGAGACUGCCCGGAAAACUUCGAUUUCGAUGUAUCACGCCAGAAAUGCAUAGAGCGGAAGACGAUGCGUCGCCAACAAGCCGCCUGCGCAAAGAAUCCAGCAAGUACCGGAUGUCAAGCACCCUGCAGUGGUGCCGUGUCAAUUCCAACCAUUGGGUCUCCGUGUGACUGGAAGGAAGCUGCCCUCCACCCAGAUCCAAAAAGCAAUGCCUACUUUGUUCAGUGCAGCCCUCAAUCGGCAGGGAUCCCUUGCGGGGAGUGGACACGUAUGGCAUGUGCCCCGAACACUGUAUUCUCGAAGCCAUCUUCUAUCUGUGUAUCCAUGUCAGUCCAAUCUUCUGCUUGUGGUUCGCAGCGAGAACCUGUGUGCAACUGUGCAAAAACGGCUGGUGCCACUCAAUGUCCUGGAACAAGCACUUGUAACAAAAACGUUUGCUGCCAGCAAAAGGAUGUCAUCGACAACUUCAUCCAACAUCAAGCACCAUUAUGCCCUGGCUCCUAUGUACCUCCGUUAGGACCAUGCACCGAACCAUGUCCUCAGUAUUCCGCCUGCGUCCAAGGAUUAGGAUGUUGCCCAGUACCAGUGAAUCAGCCAAAAGAAGCCAUCCAGAUAACUCUCUGUCCCGGCUCUUUCUCUCCACCUCUUGGAUCCUGCGGCUCAUGCCCUACAGGGACAUCCUGCAGCCCAGCUAUAAACGCUUGUUGCCCGUUCGCAACUAAGUCUCCACCUGAUUUGACUUUCAACGUGGUACAAUUGUGUCCAAACGGUUCACCUGCCCUACAGUCAUGCUCCCGCGGUUGUCCUGAUGGUUAUAGCUGCUAUCAAGGCUCGUGCUGCCCUAUGAGUUGUCCAGUUGGUCAAACUGCUCUUGGUUUCUGUUCCUCCGGCGCUUGCUCAGGAGGUGGAUCAUGCUACACGCCAGGCGGUUGUUGUUGCCAGGAAACGGUGAAGCUUCCGGUCUGCGCGAACGGUCAGCAGUCGCAACGGACAUGUUCUAUUGAUGCAGAAUGUGGGCCACGUAUGGAAUGCUCGAAUGGAGGAUGUUGUCCGAUGCCAUUCUGUCCCACAGGGGUACAAGCCCAAAUGCGUUGUGGAAACAACAAUAUGAUUUGCGCUUUGGGACAUUUAUGUCUGGAAGGGCUUUGCUGUCCUUUACCUCGUUGUCCAAACGGAAUAAUCUCAUUAGGUGUUUGUACACGAUCACUGGACUGCGGUCGUGUGGGUGUCGAGUGCGCUAACGGGGCAUGCUGUCCCCUUCCGACGUGCCCCAACAACCACGUGUCCAUUCGAAGGUGCUCCAAUGGUUGUGCAAAUUGUUGUCCAUUUGGUCACUCAUGUGUGAACGGAGGAUGCUGUCCGCUGCCGCAGUGCCCCGCAGGAGGUCUCGCGCUCACAAUGUGUGGCACCCGUUCUUGCUCCGUUGGCAAUGAGUGCGUCGGAGGUGGAUGUUGUCCGUUGCCUCGUUGUCCCUCCGGGCUUCAAGCGACACAACGAUGUCAAAGAGGAAUUGGAUGUCCUCGUGGUCAUCAAUGCGAGAAUGGAGUAUGCUGCGCGAUGCCUACGUGUUCGGCAGGAUUAAUCGCUGCCUCGGUAUGUGGUAUGGGUAACAGCUGCCCAAUGGGAUUUGUAUGUGAAGUACAUCCACAAAAAUUUAUUUUACCUCAGCAUUACAAAUUCAACAAUGUUGAUGCGCAAAGAGGAAGAGGUUGUUGCCAAGAACCGCCUCCACUUUGCCCAAAUGGAGGCCGAGCUAUUCAACGGUGCAGUAGAGGAGCUGAAUGCCCUCCAGGAUUUGGAUGUACUCCUCUCGGAGGAUGUUGCCUUCUAUCGAUGGAACCAGUGUGCCCAGCACAAACGAACGCAAUCUGCCAAUGUUCUCCCAAUAGUGCUUGCCCAUCGGGUGCAACGUGCACAAUGGGAACGUGUUGUGCCAAAGCCGUGUCCUUGUUCAAUCAGAUCCCUGGCUCUCGAUGUCAGGCUUCAACGCAGUGCAAUGGAUACUCCACGACAUGUGCUCAGUGCGCUCAAGGAGUUUGUGUGUGCGUGAAUGGUGCAGCAUCAAACGGAGCAAGUUGCCUCCAGAUGCCAGCAAAAGUCCUGACUCUGGCCAGGAACGGAUGCGACCAGUACGGAUCACCCUGUACUGUACUCUUGUCUACAGCUCGAAGAAAGCCAAUUAUUGCACCUGUCGGGAAUAUCACUGAUGCUCCACUUUUCUUCAAUGUAGCCACCGAACGACGAUGUGUUGUAAAUGCGACGGAUGUGAACUUCGAUCCAGACAGCACAUGUCUCCCUAAUGAAAAGUGCAUCAAUGGAGAAUGCAGAAUGAAGCUUUGGCCAGGUGAGUACGGAUGCACAACGGACGAUGAGUGCACAUCACGUUGUCCGAAUACGUAUUGUGAAAAGAAGAAAAGCGACAAAAAUGUCGCGCAGUGUCAAUGCCGUGAUGGUCAGCUGCUUUUUGGCCGAUGUUUCUCCCAAUGUCCUCCAGGUUUCCACGAAUCCGGCGCUUAUUGCAUGCAUGACGAUGAAGAUGCCUUUUGGGCGGAUGGUGAUGCUCAAGAUCGAAUAAAAGCGCUACUAAACGCUUCACCAUGCUAA